ACGUGGACUUUUAGGCUAAGGAUCGUUUACAGGAAGUAAACUGUACUUGGUGUUUGAGACGCCACAUAGCCUCAAAUUAUUGCAAAUCCGCAGAAGCUCGCAUAGGAGCGCUGCAGCGACGCGGUCGAGUUGCGGCAACUGACCGAACUGCAGCAGAGAAGCCUCCAGCUCCUCCGCUGACAUUUUUAUUCCGAAACAGCGGCUAGAAAAACGGUGAAUGUGAGCGCUGCGAUGCCGGGAAUGAUGGAUAAAGGAUCAGAGUACUUGGGGAAAGGCCGCUCGAACGGCACCAAGAGUCCGUCGAACGCAUCCAACGGACAUUAUUCAGACGAAAGCGGCAGCGACGACGAACACGAUGUGGGCAUGCGGGUCGGAACCGAUUAUCAGGCGAACAUUCCCGAUUUCGACCCAGGUUCUAACAAGUACUCGGAUAAAGACAGUGGAGGGAUGCUGGUUUGGUCUCCGCAUCACACCAUCAUCGACUCUAAACUGGACGAGUACAUCGCUAUCGCCAAAGAGAAGCACGGAUACAACGUGGAGCAGGCUCUCGGGAUGCUGUUCUGGCACAAACACAACAUAGAGAAGUCUCUUGCCGACCUGCCGAACUUCACUCCAUUUCCAGACGAGUGGACGGUGGAGGACAAGGUGCUGUUUGAACAGGCGUUCAGCUUCCACGGGAAGAGCUUCCACCGCAUCCAGCAGAUGCUUCCAGACAAAUCCAUCUCCAGCCUAGUGAAGUACUACUACUCCUGGAAGAAGACCCGCUCCAGAACCAGCCUGAUGGACCGACAGGCUCGGAAACUGGCCAACAGGAGCAAUCAGGACGACCGGUACAGUGACGAAGAGAUGGAAGACGCUAAUCCCAUCGAAGCCAACGAUAGCGACUACGACCCGAACAAAGAAACCAAGAAGGAGAACCAGGCAGAGCCGCCGGUGCCAGGCUCUAAGGUGGCUCUGGGCCGGCGAGAGCAUCAGACCCUCCAGCACCGACAUCAUCAGCGCUCGCGCUGCCGACCUCCAAAGGGCAUGUAUUUGACCCAGGAGGACGUGGUGGCCGUGUCCUGCAGCGCCUCCGCUGCCAACACCCUCCUCCGUCAGCUGGACAUGGAGCUGGUGUCCCUCAAGAGGCAGGUGCAGAACGCCAAACAGAUGAACAGUGGACUGAAACACAUGCUGGAGUCCGGGAUCGAUGAGUUCAGGCUGCCUGAGUGCAACCAGAAGGUGAACGCCCGCUGGACCACAGACGAGCAGCUGCUGGCGGUUCAAGGUGUACGAAAAUACGGGAAGGACUUCCAGGCCAUCGCAGACGUUAUCGGCAACAAGACGGUGGGUCAGGUCAAGAACUUCUUUGUGAACUACCGGCGGCGGUUCAACCUGGAGGAGGUGCUGCAGGAGUGGGAGGCAGAGCAGGGCACAAGAGCCCCCAACGGAGACAGCGCCACCUCUGGAGAGGAAGGGAAGAACAGCUCCACCACCCCGUCAGGGAAGAGCACCGACGAGGAGGACGAAGAGGGUCAGGUGACCUCCUCGGGUGUGUCUCCUGCCGCCUCCUCUUCUUCGUCAGCUCAGACUUCGAUGACGUCCAGCUGCUCCUCCUCCCUGCACCAGCCUCCUCCACUCCUGCGGCCCUCUCUUCCAGCUACGCCGUCCCUGCACCGCCAGCCGCCGCCCCUCCAGCAGCAGGCCCGCUUCCUGCAGCCACGCCCCACCCUGCAGCAGCCCCCGCCUCUCAUCCGCCCGUCCAACCCUUUGCCCCCUCGCCUGAACCCCCGUCCUCCCGCUCCAAUGACGCUUGUGGGGUCCUGCCCGAGCUCCGCCCAGCAGUCCUCCAGCCUCAACGUCCACCAAUCAGAGACGGCCUCGUCUUCCUCCCGCCACUAACGAAGUAAUUCAGGUCCUGUGUCUGAAUUUAUGCUUCCAGACCACAACAGUGUUCAAGGAUUUUGAUAUGUUUCUCUCUUUCACCACAGGUAUAGAAAACAAAACAGUUAUGAUUUUUUUACAGUGAACAGUAAAUAUUUUGUAAUUGCCUGGAAGUUGUGGAGCUUUUAGUUGUAUGUCAAGGAAAAUGUGUAGGAUAUUAAAUGGAGCUUUCAGUCAUAAAAAGCUAAAGGUCACUGGAUGUGGUGUCUCACAGGGCCCAGUGUUGGGUCCCCCUGUUUCCACUUUAGGUGUCUUUAUGGCACUGCAUUAACCACAAACGCAGCAGAUUCCUUCAGACAUUCUAACCAGUGACUUGGUGUCAUAAACUGCACAGUUUAUUAGCGUUCAUUGACGGCUGAGAUCAGGUCUGAAUGGAUCAGAGCUUAUCUGCUACUGUAGUCAAAAAGCUGGAUGCAUUCAUCCAAAGCAUAAAUAAUCUGAUCUAAAGUCCUGCAAAUUCUACCACAUUGAUCUGACACAACUGGUUCGAUUGGUUGAAAAGCAGCAAGCAGAUACUUAGCUGGAGUCGAGGACAGCGCCCCCAGGAGUCUGGGAGGAGAACCGCCGAGAACGCUUGUUUUUCUCAAAUACUGUGAACAUUACUUCAGUCAUUUUAGUAUGUGCUGAGCCUAAACCUUCGAAUACCCAACAGUUUUAUUAAGGUGAAACUUCCCUGCAAGAGUAAAUACUGCAUCAGUGUUUCAGAUUACCCCCAUUUGAGGUAGCACGACAUACUAAAACUCAGUCACACCGGUGAGCGCCAGCUAAAAACACGUACGCUUACGUGAAUGAUCUGUGACCCGCUUCCAUCCGAGCAGCUGUGGAACUGAAACAUUUGGUCCGGUUGUUGACACUUUUUGAAAACACUAGAGCUUCUGUAGAAAUGUCUCCAUCCGUCGUUCUGUUGUUCUCUCACACGAGGUGUUGUUUUGGUGAGACUGAAUCUGCCUCAGUGCUUCUGUCCUCUUCUUCCUCUUCCUGGUGCUACAAGUUCAGAUUUGGUGUAAAGCAUCGUUGUGAAAGUGCUCUUAAUGCUUUUGGACAAACGUAUCGCAGCAUUAAAUGUGACUGGCAGCACAGAGUCCACACAGAGUUCUGGUAGAACGUGUAGACAUCGAUGUUGAGGUGAAGCUGCUGAGAUGUACUGUCUGUUCUUGUUCUCAUUAAAGCUACGUUUGUACCGUC